CAGGGAUGGUGGCGGUGGCGGCAUGGCUGCGCUGGGCGUGCGCGGGGCGGGGCCCGGCUCGCGCCGCCUGGAGGAGUGUCCUCGGGCUCUGCCUCCGCCCAGGGGUGGCCUGCCGGCCAAGCAGGCCCCGCAGCUCUGCAGCCGAAACAGCCGCCACCAAAGCACAGGAGGACUCCUUUCUCCAGUGGCUCCUGCUUCUCAUCCCUACUGCUGCCUUUGGGCUAGGGACUUGGCAGGUCCAGCGUCGAAAAUGGAAGCUGAACCUGAUUGAAGAAUUAGAGUCUAGAGUCAUGGCCGAACCCAUCCCUUUACCAGCCGACCCAAUAGAACUGAAAAAUCUGGAGUACAGGCCAGUGAAAGUCAGAGGGCACUUUGACCACUCCAAGGAGCUGUACAUGAUGCCCCGGACCAUGGUGGACCCUGUCCGUGAGGCCCGGGAGGCUGGCCGGAUAUCCUCGUCAACUGAAAGUGGGGCCUAUGUAAUCACCCCCUUCCACUGCUCUGACCUGGGAGUCACUAUCCUGGUAAACAGAGGGUUUGUUCCCAGGAAGAAGGUGAAUCCAGACACAAGACAGAAAGGGCAGGUUGUGGGAGAAGUGGACUUGGUUGGGAUAGUGAGGCUGACAGAAACCCGGAAGCCCUUUGUUCCUGAGAACAGCCCACAACAGAACUACUGGCACUAUCGGGAUCUGGAAGCUAUGGCCAAGACAGCAGGCACAGAGCCCAUUUUCAUUGAUGCCGAUUUCAAAAGCACAGUCCCUGGAGGACCCAUCGGAGGGCAGACCAGAGUCACUCUGCGGAAUGAACACAUGCAGUACAUCAUCACCUGGUAUGGACUGUCCGCAGCCACGCUGUACAUGUGGUUCCAGAAAUUCCUACGCCGGACACCUGGUGCAUAAUGUCGUUAUAUGCACCUGUCCCUCAACCUUCAAGAGGUCCUGAGAAUGCAAAUAAAAUUGGACACUUGUCUAAAUGUAAAA